UUCAUAAUGGACAAUGAAUCCCUCGUUUUUGUAUUCACUCUUUCUGGGUUGGAAGGGAUUAUGCACUAUAGAGGCACCCUCUUCUCAUUCACUUUACUGUGUUACUGUGUGAUUCUUUUGAUAAAUAUAGCUCUAAUUCUGACCAUCAUCUUAGAUGAAAACCUCCAUGAGCCCAUGUACAUAUUCCUGUGUAAUUUGUGCAUCAGUGGACUUUAUGGAACUGCAGGAUUCUACCCCAAAUUUCUGUUGGAUCUAUUGUCUUAUGCUCAUGUUAGUUCUUAUGCAGGAUGUCUGAUUCAAGCGUUUGUAUUAUAUUCAUAUGCGUGUUGUGAUUUUUCUAUUCUAUCAGUGAUGGCAUAUGACAGGUAUGUAGCAAUAUGUAGGCCACUGCAGUAUCACUCUGUCAUGACUAAGCAGCGUGUCACUCAGUUAGUCUCUUUCUCCUGGUUUGUUCCUUUGUUUCUUUUGUUUAUUGGUACAACAUUUACCUUCAGAUUAAGGUUAUGUGGUUCACACAUUCCUAAACUUUAUUGUGCUAACUUCUUGAUCACUCAACUGUCAUGCUCUGCUACCAAUUGGAUUACAUCAUCAACACCAAGUAAUGCCACUGCUCUUGUUACAAUAGCAAUUUAUUUUGUCCAUGCUGUUUUCAUAGUGUGUACCUAUGUGUAUCUGGUCAGAUCGUGUUUGAGGUCUUUAGAGGACAGGGGAAAGUUUAUGCAGACCUGUGUGCCACAUUUACUGUCAUUGAUUCAUGUCAUAGUUGCUUUGCUUUUUGAUGUAAUGCACAUGCGUUAUGGCUCAAGUGAUAUACCACAAAGUCUACAGAAUUUCUUGGCCAUGGAGUUUUUAAUAGUUCCUCCACUGCUUAACCCCUUAAUUUAUGGUCUUAAACUGACUAAAAUUAGAAAUAGAAUACUGAGUUUAUGUAUGCAAAAAUAA